AUGCCGUGGGAUAUCUACAGCGCGGAGUCAAGUCCCGAGUUUGGCGUCCAGUAUGACUGGAGCAACGGCAUUAGCGACCUUUUCUACAACAUCACUCUUUACAAAUGGGGUUGCGAGUACGGCGAGACCAACAACUGUACCAAGGCAUGUCUAGAUCCGCAGAAGCUAUGGAGCGACGAGGACUCAGCCUACACGCUACACAACUGCAAUGCAUACUCGGUCGUAGCCCAACUCUGGCACGCAGGCAAUCUGACGGAGAAGGGAAUCGAAAUCGCCACAUCCUUUGGCAUCUCCAACGACUCUUCGUCGCAGCUCUUCUCCGGGCCUGCUGGUAUCACCUCUUGCAUCGACGCCUAUUGUGACAUCACCGCAAAAGGCGCGAAGUUCUGCAAUGGGACGGGAGAAAGACCGUUCCUGACUUAUUUCAAUAUUACGAACACCACCUUCCAGGAUUUCUACUUUAACUAUAAUCCGAACUUGUGCAAUGGCUUGAAUGCAGAGGUAAAUCCCGAUAUUGGAGGCAUUGGAGUCUUCACCUCGUACAUUAUGCAAGUUGGUAUCGUUGCCAUCACCUGGGUCCUCUUCCACAUUGGACACGAUUGGACCUUCUACACGGCAUGGGUUUUCGCCAGAGUCAAGAAGAAUAACGAGAAGCCACUUGAGAUUGCCAAGCACGCGCAGGAGAAAGUCAAAGACAUGAAGAUGUUUCAAGCUCUCAGCCGAGCUAUCACUGAGUUCCAGAAGGCUCAGGUGUGGUUUAUGCUGGCUAUUGCAGCUCUCAUUGCGCUCAACAAUCAAGAAUACUUCGAAGCGUCGACCUGGCAACAGCAGCGGAACAAUCUCGGUAUCUUCUACGACCUAGCGCUCGGAGGCUGCCUUCCCGUCCUUCUCAUCGAGCUCAUCCUUCGUGAGGCCCAUAAGCUCGAGGGCUACAUCUUGAUCAUCUCGGUCUGCUGCGUAGCUCUCUCUGCAAGCACUUGGAUCGUCACUUCGAACGUACUUAAUGGAUAUUCACCGGAAGAUCUGACGCAUAACGGACCUUCAGCAUGUGCUGGACUAGUGCCAACUGCAGUCUGCUACGCAGACGAUUGGUUCUACAAGAGCUCUGCCGCUUCUGAAGGCACGGGUGUUGCGAUUGUAAUCUUCAGCCUCCUCGUACAGGCAUGCAUCAUUCUCGAUAAACUGAGAGUGUUCAGCCAUGGUAAUCAUGGGUCAAGGAGAAAUUCGUUCGAGCUGGUUAGGGACAAGGUCUUCGGUGGAGCGGAGAGCCAGGGCAAGACGCAGACCUUGGAAGCAUCCCGCAACCGCCUGACAAGACUGCGCUCGUCGAACUCUCGCAAGACUGCUCAUAUUGUUGGCAAGCUCAUCAUCGUUGCGGCAGAGAUCGCUCUUCUCUGUCUGACGCUGCGCCAACUGAAAGAUUAUGCGCGGAUCUUUGGUGCGGGAAAGGUCGAUGACUAUGUUGCCGUCAACAAGACGUCGUGGAAACUGGGACAGAUCAUUGCGGUAGCCGUAUUCGUGCCUCCCGUCGUCGAAUAUAUCUGGGAUUGCUACCGAGGCAUUGCGAAGACUGUCCAGAAACGGAUGCUGCCGGAAAACAUGGCAAUCGUUCGAAGGCAGAAUGCAAAUCCGAGCGUGAGAACUGCGACUGGACGACAGGCUUCAGAUCCUCUCGAUACGUCCAAGUCGCAUGUGUCUUUACGUUCUCUCACGAGCGCACAUGUCUACCAGCCGCUGUCUCAGAAUCAACAGCCAUAG